GUGGAGCCUGAUGCAGCUGAGUACGUCUGCUCUGUUCCUGUGUGCCAGAGCAGGGUGCUGUGUGUGUGUCUCAGCAUCAGCUGCACCCAGUGUUGCUCUGCAGCUGAAUGGCACAGGGUCAUUUAUUGUCCUUCCCCAGCUGAGAGCAAGGGGCUCCUGGCCCCAGGGAGUGGGGCUGCAUUCUGGCUCUCAUCUGAGAGGGAGCAUCUUCCACGUGGUUUCUUUCAGGGAACAGCAUGAGCGUGGGGGAGCCUGCCGAGAAAUACCUGGAACUGGAGCAGAUUGGCCAAGGGGCUUUUGGAACCGUUUCCAAAGGACUCGACAGGGCCACUGGAGGAGAGGUGGCCAUCAAGAAAAUGAGUCUGAGAGGGCAGAACAGGGAACGAGCUGUGAAUGAGGUCGUGGUCCUGAAGGACAAGAAGAACCCCAACAUUGUCAACUCUUUGGACAGCUUCCUUGUUGAUGGAGAUCUCUGGCUGGUGAUGGAAUACAUGGAUGGAGGAACUUUGCAGGACGUUGUCAGACAGACACGCAUGGCUGAAGGAGAGAUGGCAGCUGUCAGUCAGGAGUGUCUGCAGGGCCUGGAUUUCCUCCAUUCCAUCCGGGUGAUCCACAGAGAUCUGAAGAGCUCCAACAUCCUUCUGGGAAUGGACGGCUCUGUCAAGCUGGCUGAUUUUGGCCUCUGCGCUCAGCUCAGCCCUGAGCAGGACCAGUGCAGCUCCAUGGUGGGCACUGCUCACUGGAUGGCCCCAGAAGUUGUGACCAGUUCUCCUUACGGCCCCAAGGUGGACAUCUGGUCCUUUGGCAUUGUGACCAUCGAGAUGGUGGAAGGAGAACCUCCUUACUUCCAGCAAACGGGGGCCAUGGCUCGCGCUCUGAUCCGGCAGAACGGGACCCCGCAGCUGCAGGAGCCCAGGCGCCUGUCGGCUCUGCUGCGGGACUUCCUCGAGUGCAGCCUGGAGCCGGACGAGGAGCGGCGCUACUCUGCCCAGGAGCUGCUGCAGCACCCAUUUUUGUCAUCAGCCAAGCCUCUCUCCAGCCUGACCCCUCUGAUCACUGCAGCAAAGCAACUGAGGGAGCAGCGGAGGAGAUGAAGCCCUGGAGGACA